CGUAGCACAGUUGCCAGGGAAACGCUCGACCUUGCUGCUAAUAGCCAGCUCGACUCGUCUGAUAUCCAAUGCAGAAUUUCUCAGAUAGUCGUUUGCAUGUAUGUAGGAGUUAAAGAUGCGGAAUUGUAAACUAAUAAAACUUCCCUGAAGCGUUACAGGGGAGAAAAACGCCGCCUUUGUCAUCGCGAGCCUUCCGCGCGACAUUACGUCAGUGGCCCUCGACGUCAUGUCGCACACCACGCGACAACCUGGAGACAAGAUGGCGACUGCGGCGCUACCCGAUGUGUGUGUGAGUUAAAAUACCGCGGGUGGAAAAAAAAGAACAGAUGCAGCAUGCCUUGGCAGGAGGUAGUUGUACGGCUGGCCGCCUUUGCCACGGUCAUGUGAAGCGUGUUUGAGUAACUGUGAUGGACAAGUGUAAGCACGUGGGUCGACUGAGGCUCGCACAGGACCACUCUAUCCUGAACCCGCAGAAAUGGCACUGCGUGGACUGCAACACCACGGAGUCGGUGUGGGCGUGUCUCAGCUGCUCACACGUGGCCUGCGGACGCUACAUAGAGGAGCACGCACUGCAGCACUUCAAGGAGCAGCGCCACCCUCUGGCUCUGGAGGUGAACGAACUGUACGUCUUCUGCUACCUGUGUGACGACUAUGUGUUGAACGACAACGCCACGGGAGACCUGAAGCUGCUGCGCGGCACACUGGGCGCCAUCAAGAGUCAACGCUAUGAGGUGACGACACGCAGCGGGCGCACGCUGCGCUCCGGCGCAGCCCAGCUAGAGCACGGGAACGCGCAGGAGUUGCAGCUGCGCGCAGAGGACCGCAUGUUCACGGCACUGUGGCACCGGCGUCGAGCACUCAUGAGCCGCGUGUUCCGCACCUGGUUCGGCCACACGGAGCGCGGCAGGAGUUUCCUGGAGGAGGAGCGAAAGCGUGAGGAAGAGGAGGAGCGCAGGAGGGAGGCGCGGGAGAGGAGACGGACACUUAAACGGCAGCUCCGGGAAGAGCUGGAAAGCGCGCCGCCGCGAAAAAGCAGCCGGAUCCGCAAGCAGAGCCAGAAAGCGACAGAGGCGUCGUUAACAGAAAAGAAACAAAUCCAACACAAGCCAGCUCCACCGUCUAAUGUUCGGACUCGAAAAGAUAAGACGCCUCAGAGGAGGCCAAGCACCUCGGCCAAGAGCAAACAGACUCGGGGUCCGCCUACCAAACCAGGCGACUCCCCCAUUAAGAGGCGGCCCACGGUUACACCAGGAGUGACUGGUUUAAGAAAUCUUGGCAACACAUGCUACAUGAACUCCAUACUGCAGGUUCUGAGUCACCUGCACGUGUUUCGAGAGUGUUUUUUGAGACUGGACCUGAACCAGGCGCUGGAGCUGCUAGCGUCCGCCGUUAGUCAAAAGCUGGGGCUCUCGGUUCAGCACGGCGCCCAGCCCAAAGCCAGUGGUCAGGGAUCAGGGCUUAGCGGGGGCGCCUCACGCUCACGCAGCAUGGAGCUCAUUCAGCCCAAAGAGCCGAGCUCCAAACACAUCUCACUCUGCCAUGAGCUGCACACACUGUUCCAGGUGAUGUGGUCAGGAAAGUGGGCUCUGGUGUCUCCGUUUGCGAUGCUGCACUCGGUAUGGCAGUUGAUCCCGGCGUUCCGAGGUUACGCGCAGCAGGACGCGCAGGAGUUCCUCUGCGAGCUCCUGGACAAAGUCCAACGCGAGCUGGAGCGAACCGGAACGCUCACGCCUGCCUCCGUGCCGGCCAAUCAGAGACGCCUGAUCAAACAGGUGCUCAGCGUGGUCAAUACCAUCUUUCAUGGCCAGCUACUCAGCCAGGUCAGGUGUCUGGCGUGCGAUCAUCGUUCGGACACGGUGGAGCCGUUCUGGGAUCUGUCGUUAGAGUUUCCCGAGCGUUACCACAGCAACAGUAAGGACGCCACACAGGUGCCGUGUAGGCUGACGGAGAUGCUGGCCAAGUUUACAGAGACGGAGGCUUUAGAAGGAGCCAUUUAUGCCUGCGAUCACUGCAACAAUAAACGCCGUCGCUUCUGCUCCAAGCAAGUGGUCCUGACAGAAGCUCAGAAGCAGCUGGUGGUCUACAAACUGCCUCACGUCCUACGACUACACCUUAAGCGCUUUAGAUGGUCAGGUCGUAACCACAGAGAGAAGAUCGGCGUCCACGUCAAGUUCGAGCAGGAACUGAACAUGGAGCCCUACUGCUGCAAAGACUCCGCUUCCAACACGUCACUCCGCCACCAACACUUCCUCUACCAGCUCUCCGCCGUCGUCAUGCACCACGGGAAGGGCUUCGGCUCGGGCCAUUACACCGCCUUCUGUUACAACACAGAGGGAGGAUUUUGGGUGCACUGUAAUGACUCCAAGCUAAGUGUGUGUGCAGUCGAGGAGGUGUGUAAGGCUCAGGCCUACAUUCUGUUCUACACACAGACCAACUCUCAGGACAAAGGCAAAGCCAGCGACCUCUGACCCCACACCCCCCCACUUAGCAGCCUGUCAGCCAGAGACUUUGUAUUGUACAAUUCAUGUUGAUAUGGGUUAAAGCCAGUCUGUGUGUCUGUAUCUGUCUGUCUGUGUAUGUGUGUGUGUGAGAGCGAAAGAGAGAGAGAGAGAGAGACUGCACAAGUCUAACCGGCAUCAUGCCUUCCACAGAUUCUUGGCAGUGGGCACUCUUGCAGUGAUUGUGUGUGUGUUUGUAAGAGAUAUCAGUCAUGGCCAGAAGCAUUAGUGCAGAUUGGUUCGAUCGUUUUGUUUCUCCUGUGUGCAAAAAUGUACUUGCUCACAAACCAAAGUAGAAAAAAAAAAAAAAAACCAAGCUAAAUGUUGCCUGUUCCCAGAUUUACACUCCUAUGGGACAGAUGACAUGACUCUGAUGUCACGAUUAUAGUGUGUAUGUGAAUGCGGGCGUGCGUGUGUGUGAGAGAGAGAGAGGUUUCUUUACAUCCACUUAAAGUGCCCUGCCAUUUUCUGAUCAGUUGAUUUAAUUAAGGCUCUUCUAGUGUUACCAGCUCCUUUACGAACGUGGUUCGAGCAAUUCAGGAUUUCGCGUUCCGUCUUUUCAGAUUUUCCCUGAAUGUACUUUUAUACGCCAAGUAUUUGGUUAAAUAAGAUUUCUUUUUUUAUUUUUGUAAAAAAAAAGAAAGAAAAUGAUUUAGAGGGGGUUUGGGGGGGUUCUUACCAGCGAACACAUCACAUAUGCUGGAUGUACAGUAAUCCACCUGUGAGAGAGAGUGUCUGUGCCUGUGUGUGUGGUAGUGUCUGACUCAUUCCGCGACUGUCUUGUGGUUAGCACGUUCUCUGCGUAGGUGGAUGUCUGUCAGAGAACCCGCGGUUAUAUCUUGUCCACCAGUUCACACGCUCUUGAGUCUGCCUCUUUUCCGGUUGGUUCCUGUUUUGAGUUGCUCCGCUGUUCAGCAGGUAUAGAUGUAAAACUAUGCAAAUUGUUACCUCAAUUUAUAGAGAAAUUUACCUCAAUAAAAUGAGACUAUUUUUGCAUUUUUCUAAAUAUCA